AUGCAGUCCCCGGACCUGCAAUCACCAAACCGAGAUGUCUCGCCCUCCGAAUCGAUCCAGACCCUGCCAACAGCGGCCUCCGCUCUGAGGCUACCUAAGCGGCAGAACGCCUUUGAUGGACACCCGCUCGCACAGAAUGAAACGGGUCUGCCGUAUCGGAGAUCCAACCCAUCGGCUGCCUCGCUCUUCGCCUCGACACAGACGCCACCAGGGUCGCGAUCCGAGUCGCCCGUCGGACGGGGAGGCUCGCCAGCCAGGAACCUCUCGGGUCCCGUCUUCAGCGGAUCCGGGGCCAGGUCGCUCAUUGACAGCGCGGCAGACAGCCCGGGUGAUCCGUUGAACCUGUUGCUCCAGUCCUACGUGCCCCACAUCGCCAUCUAUACCUCGCAAGAGACGACCAACUUUGCGAACGAGAAGGGAUUCAAAAACGGACUAUGGGAGCUCUUGCGACCCUUUGGCGAGAGGGUGCAAGGUAAGAUCACCAUCAGGGACAGCAACGGCUCGAGCCGCGCGUGGGAGGACUACUCGAUUCGCUUCGUGCCGUUCGGCGACAACAUUGAGGCCCCGGAUGCGACUGCGCCGACGACCGCGAAUGGGCUUUCCGAGAGUGCGGCCAGAGAGAAGAAGAAGCUGGACGAUGUCGAGGCCGUUGUCGAGCGCCACCUGCGCUACGCCGAGGACUCGCUCCUGAGCCUGCCCCAUCACGGACACCUGACGAGGCAAGGGCUCGACAUUGAAGCGACGUCGCCUUACUACUCGCUUUAUCUGAGGAGGUUACUGUCCGGCAUCCCCAUCUCGCCGCACGAAACCUUCUCGCAUCCCAUUGCUUGCGUCAUCGCUAUCAGCUCGCGCAGCAAGUCCCCGAUCGAGGAGCUAAGGACACUUUAUAAUGAGACGCGCGGCGGUGGCAAGCAGCUGCCGGGCUGGGUCGAUGGUGACUACCUUCGGUACUAUGUACUGGUUCACGACGAGGAGAACGACGAUAUCACAAGAUCGAUGGCGUUAUUCGAUCAGAUGAAGCGCCACCUUGGUCUGCACUGCCACCUGUUGCGGCUCCGAAGCAGUCAGAGUGCAGAGACAGACGACGACAGCAUACCGCUGCCGAGGAGCGACUGGAUGACCGCCGAGGAGGAACUGGCAGACAUCAAGAGGAGCGACGAGCAAGAAGACUUUGAGGACCCGACGAGGCACAUCUUUGAGUCGGAUGCUACUGCGAUCCGGACAUUUGUUCGUGAAAUGGUCACACAGUCCAUCAUCCCCACGAUGGAGCGUCACGUAUCAGUCUGGAACGACCAGGUAGCGUCAAGGCGGCGCGGCAUCGCAGGACGCUUCAUGAACCUGUCUCGGAAGUGGGGAGGCUUCGGCGGCAGCUCAAGGACGUCAGUAGGUGGGAGCGGUAGUACGAGCAGCUUCGAGUCGCAGGGCUACUACCGACCUGAUGCACCCGAAGCCAUCAUGCGCAAGCUGGCGGACUAUGCCUUCAUGCUGCGCGACUGGAAGCUGGCGCACUCGACCUAUGACCUUCUGCGGUCCGACUUUAGCGACGCCAAGGCGUGGAAGUACCACGCCGCGACAAACGAGAUGGCGGCCCUCAGUCUUCUGAUCAUGCCUCAGAGCAUGUCGACCAAAUCGCGCGCCGAGACUCUCGACCAGAUGCUCGAGGCCGCCUUCUACUCCUACUCGACGCGAUGCAGCGCGCCCUUUGGCGCUCUCCGGUCCCUCACCCUCGCGCUCGAGCUUCUUCGUCUCCGGGGCGGCAGCAGCAUAGACGAGGCGGCGAAAUGGGGCGCCAAGCUCCUCGACUCGGGCAUCUCGGGACCCAUUGGCGAUGGUCUCCUCAAGGAGCGACUGGCCAUAUGCUACGCGUCCAAGACGGGCCUCGGCCCCGUGGGGUGGGGCAACCGCACGCGCAAGGCGGCCAUCUGGGCCGUCCUCGCCGCCGAGGCGUGGCUCUUGCAGGGCAAAUACAUUCAGGCCCAGCGCAGCCUCAACGAGGCGCAACGGCUGUACUCUGAAGUGCCGAACCAGAAUGGCGUCAGCAAGUUUGCGCUCGCGCAGGAAUUCGUCCUGGGACUGCAGAGGCAGCUCGACACUAGGUUGGAGCCUGCCGACCCCGCUGGGCCGCAUGGACAGGCGCCGGAGGACGAGGUCGAGGUCCUGGUGGAUGAGGAGAGCGAGCCGCUGCAGCAGCAAGGGACCAUGCGGGCCAAGCGUGGGAGCGUCAUGGCGCGGCAGGGGGUUAAUGUGCUGGCGAGCUUGGAGACGGCGCCGCUGCAUGAGGUCGUCUCACCGAGCGAGAAGAUGGAGGGAGAUAAGUCGACCCAGGGGGGAUUUGAGGGCGGAUAG